AUGACAGAGGUCCUUCACUCACCCUCUCCCUCUUCGUCUUCGUCUUCUUCUUCUUCUUCCCACAAUGACGCAUUGUUCCAAAGGCAGUCUGCUGUAGAAGAAGAAGAAGAGGAAGAGGAGGAGGAGGAGGGGAUUUCUAGGGUCACAGAAGGUGUCAGAAAGGAGAGAGACAAAGAUGGAGAACAAUUGUCCUUGUUGGCUCUUUUGCUGACUCUGCUUAGAAAGUCUUUCUGGGUUGCUUGCAAUACUGAUAGAGAAGAGCUCUGUGGUGGUGGCAUGGAGAUUGGGUGGCCCACUAAUGUACGCCAUGUUGCGCAUGUUACCUUUGAUAGGUUUGAUGGGUUCUUGGGUUUGCCUGUGGAGUUUGAACCCGAAGUUACCCGGAGGGCUCCUAGUGCAAGUGCCACCGUUUUUGGAGUGUCUACAGAAUCCAUGCAGUUGUCAUAUGAUUGCAGAGGGAACAGUGUUCCAACAAUCCUCCUGCUGAUGCAAAGGCAUUUGUAUGCUCAAGGGGGCUUGCAGGCAGAAGGGAUCUUCAGAAUCAAUGCAGAAAACAGCCAGGAGGAAUAUGUCAGGAACCAAUUAAACAGGGGAGUGGUUCCAGAAGGCAUUGAUGUACACUGUUUAGCAGGUCUCAUCAAGUCUGCUGUAGAAGAAGAAGAAGAAGAAGAGGAGGAGGAGGGGAUUUCUAGGGUCACAGAAGGUGUCAGAAAGGAGAGAGACAAAGAUGGAGAACAAUUGUCCUUGUUGGCUCUUUUGCUGACUCUGCUUAGAAAGUCUUUCUGGGUUGCUUGCAAUACUGAUAGAGAAGAGCUCUGUGGUGGUGGCAUGGAGAUUGGGUGGCCCACUAAUGUACGCCAUGUUGCGCAUGUUACCUUUGAUAGGUUUGAUGGGUUCUUGGGUUUGCCUGUGGAGUUUGAACCCGAAGUUACCCGGAGGGCUCCUAGUGCAAGUGCCACCGUUUUUGGAGUGUCUACAGAAUCCAUGCAGUUGUCAUAUGAUUGCAGAGGGAACAGUGUUCCAACAAUCCUCCUGCUGAUGCAAAGGCAUUUGUAUGCUCAAGGGGGCUUGCAGGCAGAAGGGAUCUUCAGAAUCAAUGCAGAAAACAGCCAGGAGGAAUAUGUCAGGAACCAAUUAAACAGGGGAGUGGUUCCAGAAGGCAUUGAUGUACACUGUUUAGCAGGUCUCAUCAAGGCUUGGUUCAGAGAACUUCCGACGGGGGUACUGGAUUCUCUUUCAUCUGAGCAGGUAAUUCAAUGCCAAUCGGAGGAGGAUUGUGCUACACUGGGGAGGCUUCUACCCCCAACUGAAGCUGCUCUACUGGAUUGGGCAAUCAACCUGAUGGCCGAUGUUGUCCAAGAGGAACAUCUUAACAAGAUGAAUGCACAUAACAUUGCAAUGGUGUUUGCGCCUAACAUGACACAGAUGGCGGAUCCAUUAACUGCAUUAAUGUAUGCGGUACAAGUGAUGAACUUCCUUAAAACACUAAUUGAAAUCAAACUACGAGGAAGGGAAAACGCUGUGGUAGAAUCCGAUACUGUUGCCCACCUUGAGCCUUUUGAUGAGAAUGGACAUCAGAGUCCCUUGCAGCUCUGUCUGGAAGAUACUGCUGAGGCAAAUGAAGAGACAGACCAGGCCUUCAUUGCUGAAGAACCCGAGUUAGGAAGUACUUCUGACUCUAAUCAAGUAGAUAAUUCCACUGAUGAAGAAUACCAGAGUUAUUCAACCUUUAGUGAGGAAUCUGAUGGAGGUGGGUCUUGUGAAACUCCUAAUCAAAUCUGCAAUGUGACUAAUGAAACAGAAGGAAAUUUAAUGAAUUGUCCAAAGACUUCGGUUGAAGACUAUAUCAACAAGAGCAAAAUAAGCCAAUCAAGUGAUUCUGAUCAAAGAAAAGGUCCUGUAAAAAUAAAUGAGCAGCAACCUGUAGUUCAGGCAAUGGGACCUGAGAACAAGAGCAAGGGCAUUGGCAAUUUGAGCCGUAUAAAUUCAAGGACAGAAUGGAUUGACCCAUGGUGAUGAUGUUUGUUUAAUAGCCUUGGGCCCUGCCUGAUUAUGCGAUUCUGUUCAAUUUGGAAGCUGCGAAAAUUGUGACUUGUCCAUGUAUGUGUGUGGUGCUGGGUGGUUCACUUUAACCUUUUCUGAUUGCAUUAUGACAACUCCAUGAUAUUAUACUUUAACAAUCUGCUUGUAAAAACAUGAUUGUCAUGUGUUUUGGUUUCAGUUCCACAAUCUUUGUUAUCAUCUUCUAUUUACCUGAUAUGGAUGAGGAUACAUUUCUCUGUGUG